CCCGCGUGGUGUGACCGUGUGGCGCAUGAAUAACUAAAUCCGGAAACGGCGAGUGGGCGUGAGGAACUACAGAGUGGCGAUACUAAAACCAGGAAGGGUUAUCGUAGAACAAAGAAAGCUAGGAGAAAACGUAAUUUCAGGAAUUUUGAUCAAUUUUGAGCGGUGAGAGCGAGAAAGAACCAAAAGCGAAGAAGUUGGACGAAGGGGAAAAAAGUUAGGGUUUGUGAAUUUCCCAGUCAUGACGGUGUGGUUUCCAGGAAGAUGAGGGGCGUUUGGUGUUGCUGUUGAAGUCGCGCUUUUUGAAUUUUCUUGGCAAACAAACGGAGAAAAGGAAAGCGCUUCUUUUUUUGUUAUUCUACAAAGUCUGCGCGUGUGUGAGAGAGAGAUAGAGGGAGGGGGAGAGAGAGAAAGAGAGAGAUGGCUUUGUCUAUGUCGUCGUCUUCGACUUCGGCGACGGUGGCGGUGGACAAGGCGACGAGCGAUCUUCUGAUGAGCCCUGAUUGGACUAUGAACAUCGAUAUCUGCGAUUCCGUCAAUUCACACCAUUGGCAGGCGAAAGAUGUUGUGAAAGCUGUGAAGAAAAGGUUGCAGCAUAAGAACCCUAAAGUUCAACUACUCUCUUUGACGCUCUUGGAGACUAUGGUGAAGAACUGUGGUGAUUAUGUUCAUUUUCAAAUUGCUGAGAAAAAAAUAUUGGAGGAGAUGAUCAAAAUUGUCAAGAAGAAGACAGAUAUGCAAGUGAGGGAAAAAAUCUUGGUAUUGCUAGACUCUUGGCAAGAGGCUUUUGGGGGGCCUGGAGGAAAAUAUCCUCAGUACUACAUGGCGUAUGAGGAACUAAGGCGCUCUGGAGUAGAAUUUCCCAGACGUUCUGUAGAUGCAUCUCCAAUAUUUACACCACCUGUAACCCAUCCAACCAUAAACCCUCAAGCAGGAUAUGGAAUGCCUAGCAAUUCUUCAAGGAGGCUUGAUGAAACAAUGGCAACAGAUAUAGAAAGUUUAAGUUUGUCGAGUAUGGAUUCUAUGCGGAAUGUUAUGGAGCUCUUAAGCGACAUGCUUCAAGCUGUGAACCCCAGUGACCGUGCAGCCGUAAGAGAUGAAGUUAUAGUUGAUCUUGUCAACCGUUGUCGUUCCAACCAGAAAAAACUGAUGCAGAUGCUUACUACAACUGGGGACGAGGAACUUCUUGGUCAGGGUCUUGAAUUAAAUGAUAGUCUUCAAAGUUUGCUUGCAAAACAUGAUGCUAUAGCUUCCGGUUCCCCCCUGCCAGCUCUACUUACAAAUUCCAGUCCCCAACCUACUGAAGUAUGUGCCUCCAGCUCUAAACCAAGUGAAGUAGUAAACUCUCGCUCGAGUGACUCUAGCUCAAGACCUAAUGUGACUCUUGCUAUCUCGAGGGCCCAGAUUGAUGAAGAAGAGGAAGAGGAAGAUGAGUUUGCACAGCUAGCUCGAAGGCAUUCUAAGAUGCAGCCCAUGCCUUUUCAAAGCACUGGAACCACUGAAGGUCAAUCAUCAAUGGACACCGGCAGUACAUCAACAACUUCAUCUGUGGUCUCAAGCACUGCCCCACUAGCAUUAGCACUGCCUGAUCCGCCUGCACCAGUUAGGACUACAAAAGAACAGAACAUGAUUGACCUUUUGAGCAUCACCUUGUCAACGUCAUCAGCCUCCCCCCAUGCUCCUCACACUCCAUCGGUCUCCAACCAAAACAUGCAUCAGAUACCUGUUUCCCCCAGUGCACAAGGAUAUCCCUACGGUCCCCAAACUUACCCUGGAAACCAAGGGCAGGUACCCUACAAUAGUUAUGUUGUUCCAUGGGCCCAACCACAACAAUUGCAACCUCAAAGCUUUCAACAAGUUCAACCUCAACCUCAACCUCAACCCAACCCACAAUUGCAGCCUCAAUUACAGCCUCAAAGCUUUCACCAAUUUCAACCUCAACCCCAACCCCACCCAAAAUUGCAACCUCAAUUACAACCUCAAAGCUUUCACCAAUUUCAACCUCAAAGCUUUCAACAAGUUCACCCUCAACCCCAACCUCAACCCCAGCAACAAUUGCAACCUCAAUUACAACCACAACCUCAACCCCAGCCACAAUUGCAACCUCAGUCCCGGCCACAAUUGCAACCUCAAAGCUUUCACCAAGUUCAACCUCAACCUCAACCUCAACCUCAACAUUUGCAACCUCAACCCGAGCCACAACUAAAACCUCAGUCCCAACCACAAUUGGAACCUCAAUUACAACCUAAAAGCUUUCAACAAGUUCAAUAUCAACCUCAACCUCAACCUCAGCCACAACCAAAUCCACAGUCCCAGCCACAAUUGCCACCCCAAUAUCCUCAAUAUUUGUCUGGCUACCCUCCUCCACCCUGGGCUCCAACCCCUGGUUAUUCCAACAACCAGAGUCAUGUGUCUGCAUCAUACACUCCCAGUCAAGGGGCUAGACCUAUGCAGCAAUAUAACUCUUUUCCCUUAAGAGGAACAAAUGGGUCUGCUGUGCAUGGAGAUCCGCGGGUGAGUGGUGGACCUAAGAAUCCUGCCCCUGCAGCAGGACCAAAGCCCUUUGUUCCUACAUACAGAUUGUUUGAAGAUCUCAAUGUUUUUGGCAAUGGGGAUGGAAAACUUAAAACGACAAGCAGCAGCACAUCAUCCAGCUUGUCAGGAACUCCUGGCCAAAGUAUGGUUGGUGGGAGGAAGUGAAUGCUAAUGGUAUAUAGUUUGCAGAACAGGAUAUACCCCAUGUGAAUACGGUGUAUAUCAGUAUCAGACUCUUCUCCGAAUCCACAAUGUGUUUUAAGGUUCUUUAGAUACACACAUAAAGUUUACGAUUGUCAUUGAUCUUCCAUGUUGGUGUGUAGCUUGUGAGUGAUUGCCAACAAAAGAUGUAAAAUUCUUUCCUGUUCAUGCAAUGUAUUUGGUUUCCUGUGCCUUCGGCCCAUCCCUGCAAUGAUGGUUUCUCGUGGAAACUUGCAUUGAUCAUGGAAAUAGUAAGGGCUGUACUCGUAUUUCUUUUA